AUGAAAUCACAAGCAAGACUUUAUUUAGUUACAUUCGCUAUUGUUUUCCUUACUACACAUUUCCCUAAGAUCAUCACGGCUAACGAAUCAAUUAAAUAUAAUCAACCACCUUCAAGUUCUACCACUGACCAGCAACUUCCUGAACAAAACGGAUCUCAAUCUCAAUCCUUACACACGAUUCUUGUUGGAGGAUUUGCUGGUACUAUUACAAUCUUACAAUUUGACGAAAAAACUCAAAAACUUUCAAAGCUCAAUUCUUUAAACAAUUCGUUUGUUGGGGCGUCUCCAUCUUGGAUGAAAAUCAGUCCAGAUGGCCAAUUUCUUCAUAGUGCUAAUGAAGUGAAGGAAAUAGAUCAUAGGAAAAACACAGGUAGUUUGAGUAGCUAUCGACUUUUAAACAAUGAUUCAAAACCAAACUCGAAUAGAUCAUUGGUUAUUGAACCUAUGAAUCAAGCUUUUACAAGUGCUGAUCCGGUUUCAUUUGAUAUAUCGACUGAUCAAAAAAACAUGAUCGUAGCUUCAUAUACAGGUGCUACUGCUUGUCGAUAUGAAUUGAAUGAUGAUAGAUCAUUUAAAUCUACAAAGAGUGCCCAGACUUUCACCUAUAACGCUAGUGGUCCUAUCACCGCUAGACAAUCACAAUCUCAUCUUCAUCAAGCUCGCUACGAUCCUACAGGUAGGAUUGCAGCUUUUGUAGAUUUAGGUGGAGAUCGAGUUUAUCUUCAUUCAGUUGAUAAACAAACUGGUGAACUGAACCCAAUUCAUACUAUUCAACUUGAACCAGGUACUGGACCGCGACAUUUAACAUUUUUUACUGUCAAUGAAUCCAGAACGGACGUUUAUCUAAUCUGUGAACUAUCCAACAAAAUGAUAUAUAUCCAAUUAAACCAUAUCACCAAACCAACCAUUUCCAUAAAACUUCAACAAAUCCUUAAUACUUUACCAACUGAAUUCCAAACCCAAACCACCUUCGGAGCCGGAGAAGUGGUCAUCAGUAAUGAUGGUAAAUUCCUUUAUGGUACAAAUAGACAAACUGAUUUCAAAAGACCUAAAGAAGAGAAUAAUCUUGAUCAAAGUUUUUUGGUGGUUGUGGGUCAACAAGAUCAUUUGGUUGGGAUUUAUAAACGUGAUGUAUUGAAUGGUGAAAUUAAGUUUUUAGAUAUGAUUACCAUUGAUGAACCUGCAUAUGUUGAAUUCUUGUAA